CUUUCCACACGAACCGUGUUUAGUGCAACACUGUUUGACAACAGCGGCUGCUGACACAGAAAUGUGGAGGAAACGGUAUUAAAGAUUUAUCAGGAUUGUGUGUACGGUCAGUGAAGUUUAAGAUUCUACGGGUGAAAGUACAUGAGCGACAUGUCUGCGGGAAAGAAAGGAAGCGUGAUCUUCUCUGGAUUCAGGGCGCUGGGACUUUACUCUAAUCAUCUGGCGCACGUGCUUCGCUUCCAUAAGAAACACAGAGAGUUCUAUGUGCUCACUGCAGUCGGACAGUGUUUCCACACCUAUAAUGUGAAGAAACUUGGAAUCGUUGCAGUCAGUAAUGCCCUCCCAGAAGACAUUUCAUCCCUGGCGGCAGAUCGUAUGCUUGUCUAUGCUGCAUAUGGAAAACUUAUCUGUGCUUUUGCAAAAAACAAAGAGGUUGUUCACACAUACACAGGCCAUCAAGCUGAUGUGCACUUACUUUUGCCUUUCGGAGAUCAUCUGAUUUCUGUUGACAAGGACAAUGUUGUCAUUAUUUGGGAUGUGGAGUCUGAGGACACAUAUCUGCAGAUUUCAUAUGACAAAGCAUCAUUUGAAGUCUCUGCUUUGAUGCAUCCGAGCACCUACCUGAACAAAAUCCUGUUUGGAAGCAGUCAAGGGAGUCUUCAGUUAUGGAACAUCAAAUCAAACAAACUCUUGUUCACAUUUCCUGGAUGGGCAUCUGCUGUUACUGUUCUUCAACAGACUCCAGCUGUAGAUGUUGUGGGUGUGGGUUUAGCAUCUGGGCAGAUCAUCAUUCACAAUAUCAGAUUCGAUGAAACGCUGAUGAAGUUCCAACAAGACUGGGGUCCAGUCACAGCUUUAUCCUUCAGGACAGAUGGACAUCCAAUAAUGGCUUCUGGCAGUCCUAUUGGACACAUAGGUCUGUGGGAUUUAGAGGAGAAGAAAUUUGUCACUCAGAUGCGAAAUGCUCAUACAACAGCCAUCGCUGGCCUCACGUUUCUUCAAAACGAACCCCUCCUGAUCACCAAUGGAGCAGACAAUGCCAUACGGGUGUGGAUUUUUGAUGUUGCCGGAGGGGACGGCCGUCUGCUAAGACAGCGGACUGGUCACAGCGCCCCACCAACAAAGAUUCAGCACCACGACCAGAGCAGCUUAAACAUUCUUAGUGCAGGUCAAGAUGGUACUUUGCAGUCAUUUUCAACUGUUCAUGAAAGAUUCAACAAGAGUUUGGGGCACGGCACCCUCAACAAAACAAGAGCUAAAAAGAAAGGUGUGACGAAUGACACGGCGAAACUUCCAGCCAUCACAACUUUUACAUUUAGUCCAGAUGGACGUUGGCUGAUUACAGCGUCUAUGGACUGCACCAUCAGAACAUGGGAUCUUCCAUCUGGCAGUUUGGUCGACUGUUUCCUGGUAGACGCAGCAGCCGUCAGUCUCAGUAUGUCCCCUACCGGGAACUUCCUGGCCUCUUCGCACGUUGAUGGUCUAGGUAUUUACUUAUGGUCCAACAACACACUGUGCAGUCUGGUGUCAUUGCGCCCUCUACCUGCAGACUAUGAGCCGACUGUGAUCAUGCUGCCAGGCACCUGCCCAAGCAGAGAUACAGAAGAGGAGGACGUUUUAGAUGCUGAGAGCUCUGAGAUGGCUGAGUACAUUUCACCAGCACAGCUGGAUGAACAUCUGAUCACACUCUCUCUGCUUCCUGACUCACGCUGGAAGAACCUGCUGCAUCUGGACAUCAUCAAGAAAAAGAACAAACCCAAAGAGCCUCCAAAAUUGCCCAAAGCUGCACCCUUCUUCAUUCCCACCAUUCCAGGGCUGGUGCCCCAGUUUGCACUACCCAGCACACCCUCAGAGGACCAGUCUAAAAUUGUCAACUUGGGAGUGUUGGCACAGAAGUCCACCUUCUACCUUCAGCUUGAGAACACUUUAGACAACAACUCAUAUGAGGAGCCAGUAAAGCUGUUGAGAGAGUUAGGCCCCUCUGCCAUUGAAACAGAACUUCGGUCCCUGUCACCAGAUAUGGGUGGAGAUGUCAGAGUUAUGCAGAGCUUCCUCAAGAUGAUCAGCAGCAUUCUUCAGUCCAAAAGAGAUUUCGACCUGGCUCAAGCCUACCUAGCAUUGUUCCUUAAGCUCCAUCUUCGGUUCAUCGCAGACCAGCCCGAACUGAUGGAGGAGGCAGAAAGCGUGUCGGCACACCUGGAGGAGACAUGGAUGUCCAUGCAGACGCUCCUAAAUCAGAACAUUUGUGUGUUGUCUUAUAUCAAGAGUGCACUACUGUAAAGCACAUCUCUCCAACAUAGACCUCCUUUUGCUUUUCUGAGAUGUUGCUGACUGUUUGUAUCAGACUAAAUGUUCUUGCUCUUUUUUGUUAAAA